AUGGCUGCUCUUACCAAGGUGACAACCACGGUCAUGUCCAAGCAGCCGCAACAGACUCCCUAUCAGCUCCAUCCUGACCAGACUCUCAAAGCCUCCCGGGCCUUGCUACAGCACAUUCAGGCAGAAACCAAGCGCUUACAGCAGGCAUCUUCAAAAAAGAGCCUCCUGGCCGCCAGCGGCUCUGAUUCAGAGGACGAUGCCACCGACGACCCAACGGCCCCGAUUUGGCUCACCCUCACCACCAAACAACACAUUGUGGACAAGAACCGGCUGAAGCCCAGCAAAAUUGCCGUCCCACAUCCCCUCAACACAUCCCCAGACCUUCGGAUAUGUCUGAUCACCACCGACCCUCAAAGAGCAGUGAAAAACGUGGUGGCUGACCCUGCAUUUCCCGAACAUCUCAAGUCUAGAAUCACUCGAAUCAUCGGAUACACCAAGCUCAAGGCGAGGUACAAGACAUUUGAACAAUUGAGGGAACUGCUCUCUGAGCAUGACCUCUUUCUCGCGGAUGAUCGUAUAGUCACCCGCCUGCCAGGAAUCCUGGGCAAAGUCUUCUACAAGGGGACCUCAAAAAGACCCAUCCCUAUCAUGAUCGCUGAUCCCAGGAAAGACAAGCCAAACAAACCGAAAAAGUCAAAGGAAGACAGCACUGCUGCUUCUCCUACAUCUCCGUCAGCCCUGGCCAAAGAAAUUGAAAAAGCGCUCAAUGCUGUUCCUGUCAGUCUCCGACCCGGUACACUUGUCGCCGUACGUGCUGGCCUUGCCUCAUUCAAACCCGAGCAGCUGUCGGAAAAUAUUGCAGCCAUUGUUUCAAAGUUGAUUGAAAAGCACGUUGUCAAGGGAUGGAGGAAUGUAAGAGGCAUUCACAUAAAAGGGCAAUCCUCAUUCGCAGUACCGAUAUGGUUGGCGGAUGACCUGUGGACCGAGCAUGGUGACAUAAUUGCCACGAGAGAUGAAAAUGAUCCUUUAGAAGAUGGCGUUCAGCAAGGACAGAAGCGAAAGCGAAAUGCAGCAAGCACAAAAGGUCCCCAGGCUGGCUCUCGGAAGCGUCUAAAGGAUGACCAAGGAAAAAACGAAAAGCCUGUGGCCGAUCAAGAAGCCGCACGUGCACGAAAAAGCAAAUUGGCUGCUCAGAAAGCGAAGGUAUUUGAAGAACAAGUCUGA